AUGUUUUUUAGGACGAGAAAAUCUGAUAGUCCAAGCAGAUUUAGAGAAGGCCCUGUAACCAGAUUAUGUGGAAGUAUAAGUGAGAAAAAUGAGAAACCCAAAGCAGAGCAAGAUGAGGCAGAUGAUGAUAGUUUGCGAGAAAGUGAGAAGCCAGAUAAUAAUGACAAUUCUGAAAAUGAAGAUGGAUAUGAAGAUAUGUAUACACGAAUUAAAAGAACAAGACGUACGGCUCAACGGCAACUGCCAAGAGUGGUAGACAGUGAUCUGUCUGAAUCUUCGGAUUCUCCUGGGCCUAGGAAAUACAGUUUACGUAAAAAAAAACCUACUGUAGAUAGAUUUCAAGCUAAUGUAGAGCCAGUCAGACGAUCUAUUAGAGCUCUAAGAAGUGUUCUCAGCAAUUCAAUGAGAAGAAGAAAGCAUAGAAGUAAAAGUACGAGUUCUAGUGACUCCAGUGACUCUGAGCCGCAACGUUACGACAAGAAGAAGGGCAAAAAAGCGAGACAAUCGGCGAUACCACAAGGCGGUCCACCAGAUCGAAAAGCUGACAUAAAUCCUAUUACUCUAGACACUAAUAUUAGAUUUAGUGAUGUUGGUGGUUUGGAAUCUCACAUUCACUGCCUUAAAGAAAUGGUCGUUUUUCCUAUGUUGUAUCCAGAUGUUUUUGAAAGAUAUAAUACUACUGCACCAAAGGGAGUCCUGUUUCAUGGUCCACCAGGAACUGGUAAAACAUUGAUAGCCAGAGCAUUAGCCAAUGAAUGCAGUCAAGGUAACAAGAAAAUGGCAUUCUUCAUGAGGAAAGGAGCAGAUUGCCUAUCAAAGUGGGUUGGGGAAUCUGAACGACAAUUGAGAUUGUUGUUUGAACAGGCUCAACAGAUGAAACCGUCCAUAAUAUUUUUUGAUGAAAUAGAUGGUUUGGCACCUGUCAGAAGUACCAAGCAAGAUCAGAUUCAUGCAAGCAUUGUAUCUACGCUCUUAGCACUCAUGGAUGGUCUCAGUGACAGGGGAGAGGUUAUAGUUAUUGGUGCAACAAAUAGAAUCGAUGCAAUCGAUCCUGCUUUACGAAGACCUGGUCGUUUUGAUCGUGAACUUUUCUUCCCACUACCUGCUAUGAAAGAGAGAUUAGAAAUUUUAAAGAUUCAUGUCAGUAAGUGGAAAAAUUCACCAUCCGAACAAUUGUUAGAAAUAUUGGCAGAAAAAGCAACUGGAUAUUGUGGCUCGGACUUGAGAGCUUUAUGUACCGAAGCAGUGCUGCAAGGAUUAAGGAGAACUUAUCCACAAAUUUAUAUGACAAAUGACAGACUAUUGCUAGAUCCAGAGAAAGUCGAAGUAAAGAAACGUGACUUUAUGCAAGCAAGCUCUAUGCUUGUUCCAUCAUCGCAUAGAGUAGCUCCAUGUGCAGGAAGAAAAUUACAACUUUUUAUGGUACCAUUAUUAGGACAUCCAUUGGAAGAAUUAAUUAAUUUGGUGAAAGGAAUAUUUCCUCAUGGUGUAAACCCUGCUAUGGCAAAAGUAAAGAAUGCUAAGGGUAUCUAUCGCCCAAGAUUAUUAAUUUCUGGCGGUAGUCUGUCUGAAGGUCAGGGACCUCAUUUGGCUCAAGCAUUAUUAUAUUCUAUGGAACAUUUGCCAGUCCAAAUUUUAGAUGUUAGUACAUUAUUUGCAGAAAGCGCUCGAUCUCCAGAAGAAACUUGUGUGCAGGUAAUUAACGAAGCUGCUAGGAACGUACCGUCCAUAAUUUACAUUCGAUCGAUUGACAAAUGGUGGCCUCUCGUACCAGAAACAGUAAAAGCAGUUUUUCUAUGUCGUAUUGCAGCACUCGAUCCUUCAUUGCCAAUUUUAAUUCUCGCGACAAGUGACGCAACGUAUCAAGACCUCCCUGAUCAAUUAAAAAACUUGUUUAGCGAAUUACGUGGAGAAGUAUAUUCCAUGAAAACUCCCACCACUGAACAAAGGAAGAUUUUCCGACAUAUUUUUAUGGCUCAGAGUAUAAGAUUGCCGCAGAUCAAAAGCAACAAAGUAGAAGUUUUAGAAACACUGCCAUUAGCACCGGAUCCGCUGCCAAAGAAAUUAACUGAAGCGGAGAAACGGAUUAUGUAUGAGAAAGAUGAAGUGUCUUUGAGAGAAUUACGGAUUUUCCUGAGAGAAAUUUGUGCUAAGCUAGCGAGAAAUCGACAAUUUUUUAUGUUUACUAAGCCAGUGGAUACGGAGGAAGUGCCGGAUUACAACUUGAUAAUAAAACGACCUAUGGAUUUGGAAACGAUGAUGACUAAAAUCGAUAUGAAUUGUUAUCUAUGCGCUCGCGAAUUUCUCGACGAUAUAGAUCUCAUAUGCAGAAAUGCUUUGGAGUAUAAUCCAGACAGCUUACGUGAUAGGCCCUCCCUCGGAAUAUUAAAGAGGGAUCCUGCUGAUAAAUUGAUAAGACAUCGAGCGUGUUCUUUGCGUGAUAAUGCUUAUGCUUUAAUAAAAGCUGAAUUGGACUCCGAUUUCGAGGAUAAAUGUCGCGAAAUUUCGAAGAACCGUCGAAUUUUAGAAAGUAAGUGUAAUAACGAGGAAGAAAGUAAAAGUGCAAAGGCAGAAACUAUCUCCAUGAAUGAACGAAUAGAAAAGAAGGAGUCCGUAAAUUCUAGUCAUUCUCUUAGCGUGAAUGGAAAGAAAUUCGGUAGUUCAAGGAAACGUAAAAUACCUGCCUGGGCUAGAGGCUAUGUGAAGAAAAUUCAUAAGAAGAAAAAGAUCACUUUCGAUGAAAGCGUUACAGAGGUGAUUACAAGUAAUUCGUUAAACAAUGAAACUACUACUAGUAUUGAUUUAGAAAAAUUCCAAGAAUUCGAAACCGAAGCAAAUAGCGUUUUAAAUGGUCACGUGGGACUGUUCGAUAAUACCGAUUCAGAGAACGAUUCGCAGAACGAAAAUUCAAAGGAAAGCGGCACUGUUACAGAUCAACGAAUUGAUAAUCUCGAUCAAAUGGAAAUAUGUUCCAUAGAGGAGGAUAAAUCUACUGGAAACGGACUUGCUCAAGGAAGUGGAGAGGUUUGCGGAAUAUAAGCGACAGUGUCAUUAAAAUACACACGAUAUACAUGGUACAUAAGAGAGAAAAAAAUGUCCGUCGCGAAAGAUUUCUCAUGCAUCGGAGGGUUGGAGAAACACAUUAGAAUCGUAAAAGAGAUGGUUCUAUUCCCGCUGAUGUACGGAGACGUAUAUGCUAAAUUUAAUCUCAGACCGCCACGUGGUUUAUUAUUUUACGGCCCUCCAGGAACGGGAAAGACCCUCGUAGCCAGUGCUCUAGCAACGGAAUGCAGCAAUUCCGAACGCAAAGUCUCCUUUAUUUCGCGCAAGGGUUCCGAUUGUCUCAGUAAAUGGGUCGGGGAGAGCGAAAAGAAACUCGAGAAGAUCUUCUCGUUGGCACAACAGACCAAACCGUGCAUAAUUUUUUUCGACGAAGUCGACGGUCUCGCUCCUGUAAGAUCAAGUCGGCAAGAUUUCGUCCACGCUAGCAUAGUUUCCACUCUCUUGGCUUUGAUGGAUGGUUUGGACAAUAAUUCCGAGAUCAUAGUGAUAGGGGCAACUAACAGGAUCGACGCGAUAGAUCCCGCUCUGAGGAGACCCGGCAGAUUCGACAAAGAAUUAUAUUUUCCCUUGCCUUGCUACAACGCCCGAAAAGAGAUACUUUCGGUACAUAUUAAAAGUUGGAAGCAGAAACCGGCACAGAAAUUUUUAGCAUAUUUGGCUUCGAAUACAUUAGGAUUUUGCGGCAGCGAUCUGCAGGCACUUUGCGCCGAAGCAGUUAUGUGUUCAGUUCGUAGAAAUUAUCCACAAAUCUAUAAUUCGAGGUCCAAGUAUCACAUCAACGAACGUCACCUCAAAGUGGAAAAGGAAGAUUUUUUGAAAGCACGUCAAAAUAUCGUCCCCGCCUCGCAUCGCGUUAUCGUUGCACCGAUCAAGAGUUUACCCUCCAAGGUUCAGCCGUUGUUACAGGAGGAUCUGGCAGAAAUCCUGUCGCGUUUGCAGAUACUUUGCCCGACCGGCAUGCUAACUUCCGACAACAUAACAGGCAAAGCCACGUCCAAAUCGAGUGGCUGUCCGCGAAUCUUAUUAUGCGGCGACGACGAUUCCCACACUCGUCACUUAGGGCCGGCGUUGCUGCACACCCUGGAACAUCUACCCUGUCACAUUCUAGAUGUCACGACAAUGUUUGAAGAAACAGGCAAGGCGGCCGAGGAAGCUAUAAUACAAAAAGUCAAGACCGCACGUCGCACUUUACCAGCGCUGCUCUACAUUCCUGGCGCCUUGACAUGGUGGGACUUGGUGAACGAGACGGCGAGGAUCGCAGAAUUGUAUGACAAUAAUCGUGGCGAGGUGUAUGAAGUGAAAUCGCCUUCAUCGCAGAAACGACGAUCCUUCUUCAAACAAUUGUUCCUCAAUAGACUCGAUAGUCUUUCCGAUUGUUCCUCUCAAGCAGAUCUGGUGCAAAUCCUGAGCCCGAAGAAGCUCAAAAAUGAAAAAAAUAGAAAGCUGCGGAACUAUGUAUAUUCUAGUGAUUCUAACGGAUUAUUAGGAAUGAAUAUUAAGAGAGAAUACGCGUCCGGCGAGGGUCCACCUUCAAAACGGCAAAAAUUAACAUCCGAUACAUCUUCUCAAUCUAGCACUGAGAAACUUUUCAAUUCGCAAAUAGAGGACUUGGUCGAAACAAUCGUUCGAUCGACCGAUGAGUGGCCAAGUUAUCUACUGGAAAGUCUGUUUUCCUCCCUCGAACUCACAAUGGAAAACAAUGGAGAUUUACGUGCAAUUGUAAAUGAUUAUGUUGUACAAUAUGAAGAAUUGAAACGAAUCAAAAUGCGUGCAAAACAGGAAGAAGAUUGAUAGUUAAUUUAGUGAAAACGUCCCUUUGUUUGUCAAUCGUCGCUGUAAUGUCCAAAUCCGAUGCGAAAUGCAUCGUGAUAGCCGGCAAUAAAUUU